AAGAAAGCUAACAGUGGUCCGUUAGAGAGGGGGAGAGAGUCUGAGAUUUUCUAACCCUAUGAAAUGUUUGCCGCCCGGAAUCUUCAAAAGCGUGUCUUCAGGAUCCUAUCCCCUGUUCUCCAAUCAAAUCCUUCCAAUUGCAGGAAGGGAGUGCUACUAAAACAUGUCUGUCCAAGUUUAGUCUCAAGCAAUGUGAUGCAACCAAGUAUUCUUUAUGAAGAUAAAUUCACUUCAUACCCUUCACUGGAUCAUCCCUUAAGUGGAUGGUCACGGGGAAUGUCAACAUCAAAAGGGAGGAGUAUGCGAAGCAGGGUGGAGAGGCGAAUGCGAAAAGAGUCUGGUAAAACUCUCAGAGAGGUUCGGAGAGCGAAAAAGUUGAAAAAGAAGCUCAUGACUGAUGAAGAGAGGCUCGUUUACAAUCUCAAAAGGGCUAAGAAGAAAGUUGCACUGCUGCUACAAAAGCUCAAGAAAUAUGAGCUACCAGAGCUACCAACCCCUGUUCAUGAUCCUGAGCUGUUGACUCCUGAGCAGCUUCAAGCGUAUAAGAAGAUUGGUUUUAGGAAUAAAAAUUAUGUUCCUGUUGGUGUUCGUGGAGUAUUCGGAGGAGUUGUCCAAAAUAUGCAUCUACACUGGAAGUUUCAUGAGACUGUUCAAGUUUGUUGUGAUAACUUCCCCAAAGAAAAAAUAAAGGAAAUGGCUACCAUGCUCACAAGAUUAAGUGGUGGUAUAGUUGUAAACAUUCAUAAUGUGAAAACCAUUAUCAUGUUUCGGGGCAGAAAUUAUCGCCAACCGAAGAAUUUGAUCCCUAUCAACACCCUUACAAAGAGGAAGGUGAGUAAACCUUUUAUACUGUCUCAUGUUGUAUUUUAUUUGUUGCUGUUUUUUUUUGUCUUAAUCACAAUAGCAGGCCAUAAAUUCCCCUUUGUAUUAUGGGUUUUGAACCCAGAAAACUAGAAAGCAAUUUUCAUUUGUAGCAAUAGAACCCUAGCACCCAAAGUAUGUCCAUGUAAUGAAUGUGUUAAAGAACUUGAUUAGUUUUUAGGUUUUUUCAAUUGAAAAAAGGCGGUAAAAGGGUGAUUACUGUAGCCAACACUCCUUGAGUGUGAUUAUAUAUGGGUUCCUGUGCAUUGCGAAAUGUUCUUUGAGUCAUAACUGUUUCUCGUAGGCUUAGCCUGUUACCGCAGUCUAACUGGAAUCGAAAUGAAAAGUCUCCCUACUCAUAAUUGUUCAGAGCAUGGAUUCGAACCCCUAACCUCCCGGGGGAAAGAACGGAUGGAACACUUUCCCACUCAGGCUACUUUUCUAGUGGGUAGAUAAGUUUUUGUAAG